CAAGUGACCAUGAAGAUACUGAAAAUAUUAAAAUUAGUUCAAAAAAAAACUUAUUCAAAAGUAAUUUAAUUGACAAUUUUCUUGAUGCUCCUAGACCUACAGUUGAUUUUGAUAUCAUGGGAUCUAAUGAUUCACCUGAUUUGUUUGCACUUAACAAUGAUGUCCUACAUUAUUUAAAGCCUAUGAAUGCAAAUAACUGUGAACCAUUGUCACAAAAUACUGAACAUAAUCAAUUCACACAAAUCAAUGAAGAUAUUCAUCUAAACCAUCAGACAUCUCCAAUAGAAAAAGACUUUGAAUGUUUAUCACAAAACACAACAACUGCAUAUCAUCAAUUUGCUCAUCAUCAAAACCAACAGAUUCCUUCAGCGACUGAUAAUGAAUUCAUUGACAAUGAUAAUGUGAAUAUGGGAAAAAUGUUAAUGUUUAUUGGACAUGUGGUUAAAGAUGUGGCUAAUGAUAUUACUGAAAUAAAAAAAAGUAUUAAAGAAAUUAAGGUUGAUAUAGUCAAAAACCAAGAGUUACUUAUAUUGCUAACUGAUCGUGCCAAUCAUAGUGCUACUCAAUCACAAGAGAAGGUUCCUUUCAGAUCAAAUUUAAAAGUUCCAGUUUCAAACCUUGACGACCUACGUAAAUUGGAGUCCAAUGAGGAGCAAAAACAAAAUUUAGCACAGUUAUUAAUACGCAAUGGUAAAUGUUUUGAUACCAGACGUACCACUUAUGAAAUGAUGAGGAUACUGAUGGAGAAUAGAGUGGCCGAAAGUCUGAAUAUGGCUGGUAGAAGAGGUGAAAAACUACCUUUUGAGCGCAUGGAUCUAUACAAGAUAUUAAUCGAUUCUGUAAAAUACUUUUUCCCUGAAGAGUCAGUUCCACUUAUAAAAGGAUGUAUCAGUGAUUGGCUAAAACAAGCGCCUAGGCGUAAAUAAUAUAUAAAUUAAUACAUA